AUGGAAGCAUUAAACCAUUUCGAGUGGGAGUGCGCAAUCUGCGAUGAGACCUGGCCGACAGAACACCGGCGGGUCGAACACGAACGCGAAGACCAUAAUUACUGUAGUGAAUGCCGGAAGACCUUCACAAACUAUAACAAUCUCAAAAUGCAUCUCAACUCUCGAACCCACCGCGGCCAGCAGAUCCAAUGUCCUUUUUGCAGGAGUCACCAUACCACAGCCACCGGCCUUACGCACCACAUAGAAACUGGCUCGUGUCCGGACGCUCGCGGCCUAACCCGCGACACUCUGUACAAGUUCGUGCGUAGCAUGGAUUCCAGCGGCAUUGUUACCAAGAACCUGAUUGGUUGGCACGGCUCGACGCAAUAUGAGGCUAAUGAUCGUUCAUAUAACUGGAAUCGUCAGGGUUGGGAGUGUUAUCUCUGCCAUCGACUAUGUGGUCAGUUAUCAAGUCUUAAUCAGCAUUUGAACUCUCCGAUACAUCAGGAGGCUCUGUACCACUGCCCGAAUCCGCGGUGUGGGAAGGACUUCACGACGCUGGCCGGAAUCAUCAAUCACCUUGAGAGCGAGUCAUGCGGCUGUACUCGGUUCGAGAAUGUGCAGCGAGGUAUUCAAGGUAUGGUAGGCGGCAACAGGUUGAUUACGCUGUAA